UCCUCACAUUCCUUUCUCAAACAACUUAAUAAUUACCCUUCCAUUUUCCACCGAGUUAACAACUCACCGGACUCACUGAGUCACAUCACAAUAAGAACAAUGGGAAAUUGCAGCUCCUCCGAUUCAACUCGUGUUGCAACAGCAAAACUCAUUUUACAAGACGGAAGAUUACAAGAAUUUUCAUAUCCAGUCAAAGUUUCUUACCUCUUGAAAGAGUAUCCAUCGUGUUUUAUAUGUAACUCCGACGAAAUGGAUUUCGACGACGUCGUAACCGCCGUCGACGAAAACCAAGUGUUGCAACCCGGACAGCUUUAUUUUGCUCUUCCGUUGAGUUGGUUGAAACAACCGUUGCAAGCUCAAGAGAUGGCUGCAUUGGCCGUUAAAGCGAGUUCGGCUCUCAUGAAAUGCGGUGUUCGUCGGAAACAGAUUCUGUUCUCCGGUGAGUAUGACUCUAAGCGCGUUUCACCGGCUAAUGGUUCUGUCGGUGGUACUGUGCAGAGAUCAAGAAGAGGAAGAGCUGGAAGUGGUAGUGGCGGUGUUGAGAAGUUUGCGGCGUUGUUGAGUUCGAUACCGGAGUAGGGGUAGUUUGGGAAGAAAAUAUUUGAUGGUUAUUUUUGUAAUUUUGUAGAUAUUUUUUUUAGGGAAGAAAAUGGAAGUAAUUUUAGAUUCUUUGGAGUUAGACGAAACUCGUAAUUGAAAUUUGGAUAUUCCGUUAAUUUGUCGUUCUCUUUAAA